AUGCUUCGCCGGAACAGCUGCAGAAGCCAGAACCGCCCCCUGAGCAGGAGCAGGUCGUCCGCCUCCAUCGUGCGAAAUCCAGUCCACGAACUCACGAGCAUCGAACCUUAUGUCGCCGAGCGAGACGCGUAUCUCGCCGCAACUCUAUCGUACAAUAGAGCCCAGCCACAAAGCAACGGCGGCGGGAAGACCCCACGCUUGCAACGUCAACAAAGCGUGAGGUUCGUCGGCCCCAACGCCCAGCCGCAGAGAAAACUGGCCACCCGAGCAAGCAUGGCCUUGGUGGGCAACAUAAAUGUGCCACGACGUGCCGCGGGCUCUCACUCUCACCAUCUUCCUCCCCCCUCGUUUGAGCCAGGCGAGGACGCUGCAUCAUUAUCGUACGCGAGGCUACGCAAGUCGAGAUCGAUGUACACUCCCUCAAUAGCAAAGACUCCAAACUAUUCGAUGGAAAACAGCGACCACUCCGACAUGUUCAACGGAUGGGUGCCGACGCCGCGCUAUUCAUCGCUUGUCAGGAAGGAAAACGAACCGUUUCGAAGCUCUGGCGUACCAACGCUGAGAACACCCAAAUCCAUGGGCUUCCUCUCCAGUGACUGUGACAGAUCCAUGUCUCGAACCAGCAUCAGUAGUGGUCAUGAAUCUGUCCAGCGGAUACAAAAUCGGCUUUAUGAGCCGCCAGAGCGCUCGAGUCGUCUACAAAGCCGGCCAUCGAGUUUCUUUCAGUCGAGUUACAGGCACGCCCCGAACCCGACUGGUUUCCCCAAAUCUCUCCGGGGUAGCGGCAACAACACUUCAGCUCUCUCUUCAGAACAUGUUUACGGCGCCAAUUUUCCUCCUAUUAUCCCUUUGCAACAACCAGGACUGCGGAAGAAAGCUCGCAAAAUCUCCAAAUCGCUCAAGAGUAGACUCAAGGGGUUCUUUAGUCGUCCCAAGAAUAGGGAUGAUCUUGCGGACCAAACUGGAGAGCAUCCCCAGGACCUUGAGUCGGAUGAUGGUAGCUGCUACCGUGCCCAGACACCAGGUCAGCUACCCCAAGAAGCAUCGCUGUAUCGUGUAGUCUCCCACAUGCCUUCUUUCCAUGCCGUGCCACCUAGCCAACAGCCCAGGUCGCGGCAGGCCAGCUUGGGAACCAUUGAAGCUGAAGAUGAUGCGCUCGAAGACGAUAAAUCACGAGUCACUAGCUGGACCAACUCCACAGCAGACACAAUCGCAAAUCAGCCACGGUCUGCCAACUGGAGUCGGCAAUACCCGUCUGGCUUUCAACAAGAUGGCAUGGAAGCCGCGCUCUCAUCUCACAACCAGACCUCGAUGUAUCAUAAUAACGCGAUAAAUGCCGGCCCCAUAGUCAACAGUGACCGCGUGUACUCGGCGCUCAUGAAGAGACUCAAAGAAACAAACGGCUAUCCAAAUCAGUUCUCGGGCGAAGGCCAGAGGCCCUCGGAUUCCGUCGACGCAAAUUCACUGCGAAGCACUUCGACGAUACGACGGCAAGCCUACCAUCCCACGUAUGAAGGAUCAGCUCAGACAAUCCGCCACGUUCAGUACGAGGACGACGUUUUCCAAGAUAGUACUGAAGGGUCGACCGCAUCGCACUAUUCUUCGGAAUCUACAAAGAGUGUCAUCAGACGGCAUCAAUCCUCGGACUCGCUGCAAAACUACGGCCACGAGACAUGUCCCAGCCCAGGGUACGGCGGGGGUUCAGGACUAUCCCCUGACAGGAGUGACAUGAAGCCACUUGCAGCUGGUGAAUCACAAAAACCAACGCUCUCUGGACGAAGCUCGGCGUUUUUUGCCAGUCCGACAUGCCACCUAUUUCGUACGACCAGUCCAUAUCGUCGGGCCCUGCAAGAGAGCAUGAAGGCCGCUCAAGCAGACGAUCAGCUCCGGACGCCUAAUGCCAAAGAUAUCAGCGCCCUGUCUGGGAUUAGUCUGCCUACGCGCCGUCCAAGCAUAGAAGAUUCUGAUGACGAUGUGCGAGUGACAUACGCAGAGAGCGUGUACUCUAACUCUAGUGAAGAGAAUGCGCCCCAUGUUUAUAGCACCUCAUCUGCUUCGAGAUCAACAGAAGACGAGCCAGGGCCCCAAGUUCACGGAGAUGCCAACAUUUUCAUCAGCACAGAAAGACGGCAGCUGCCGCCCCCGAGUCAUACUCGAGAUAGCUCUUCCGCUAGCUCCGUCGAGUGGAAGACGUGGCUAAGCGCCAACGUGUCUAAGCUGGAGACGCCUCCAACGACACUGAAGCCUGAUUUCCCACAAGAGCCUUGGUCUGCUUCCCAGGAUUUUAGUCAUGUCAGAGAGAAGGCAGAGAUUGAGACGGAGAUUGAGUCUGAUGAGGAUGGGUAUCCUCAAGUCACAGCAGGUGCCGGCCUACCACCUAAGCUGGCGCCGAGCAAGGACUAUGGCAGUCCCUCCGUCUUGACAGCAAUGGCAAGAGAGCAGUCUUAUCUUGCGAAUCCUUGGCGGCCCCAGUCUACGACGACUACCAACGAAAACUCGCCACUGAUAUCAGGGGCACGACCCAAAAGCCUACAUGGUAAAGACUCCUCGCCCGUGGCUGCAAAGGACAAUCUGCGUACUAUCCCUUCGGUGCCCAACGUCAACACUUGUGUAGCCAACCUCGACUCGUUGGUGAUUGAGCCGCGAACAUCCUCUCUCAACACAUGCUCCAGGCCAUUCGAUCCCGUCAGAGAAGAGGCGCGCCUCAAACGACGGUCACGGACUCGUCUUGGAGCAAAUGACGCAUCGGCCAAGUCCAGCCCAGGCUUUACGACCGCUCUCGAGAGGCAGUUUGGGGUUAGUAGGACAGGCUCACCACGGGUAUGGAAGGCGGAAGAGCCGUCGGGCGAACUUGGGUCGGAAGCAGACCCGGGAAUUGACGAGUUGGGGCGUCGAGACUUUGACGCGCAGACCAUGGGAAGCAGGAGGAUGGUGGACCUGUUUCUGAGCAGCCGGCAGCAGAGAGUCGCGGGUAGUCAGGCGCGACAAAGCAGCGAUAGUCUGUCGGCUGCCUUUGUCUAA